GCCCCGCCCUCUCUUCGACAGCCCCUCCCCUCCGGCUGCCAAGACGCGGAGAGCAGGGGUGGCCUCCGCAGCUUCCGUCGCCUCGUGCCGUUUUCCAUCUUUUUCACAAGCUACGCGCCCGCUCAACCGGGCCACAACCCUUCGCCGCGAUGAGUCUGGAGCAACAGUUCAUGGCGAUGUCAGUGGCAGAGAUGGGAGACCAACGCGGCCGAGGAGGGCCUCCCCGCGGGCGCUACAUGGCUACGCACUACCGCGGACGUGACGGGCCUAGACAAGAUGGUAGUUGGGAAGCGAAGGGCGACGCGGGCAGUGGUGGCAUCUACAUCAACGGCUAUGGCCCGGACGUAACGAUGCUGACCAACGGCUUCGAGCGGGGAGCUGUAUAUGGCGGGCGUGGGGGGCGCGGAGGGGAUCGCGGCCGUGGGGGUUUCCGUGGCCGUGUGGCAUACCAGCACGGAGCGCCCGCCAAUCCCGCAGGCUACAUGGUGUACGAGCGACGUGAUAACGGCACAGCCGCGUGGGGCGCUCCUAACGAGCCCUUUGCAAACUACCCCGGCGUCGGCGGAGGCAUCGGUGGCGGCAUGGGAGGUGGCAUGGGCGCGGGAAUGGGUGGGGGCAUGGGUGGGGGAAUGGGAGGGGGAAUGGGAGGGGGCAUGGGGGUUGGCGGUGCCCCGCGCGGUGGACGUGGGGGAGCAGGGCGCCCCACACGCUACGAGGGCUCGCGUGGUGGAGUGGGCGACCAGCAGCGCGUCUACCGUGGCUCCUUCCCCGGAAAUCGCUUCGACCGCAGCGCGGCGGCGCAGCAGCAGCAACAGCAGCAGCCGGCGCAGCACCUGGACUGCAACACGUACCAGCCACCACCGGCGAGAGAUGGAAACACAUAUCAGCCUCCGCAGGCUAGCAGUGGAAGCUCGUACCAGCCACCAGCCCGUGACGGAGUGAGCUCCUUCCAGCCGCCGCUGCCUCGUGACACCGCCACUGCUCCCGGUGGGGGCGGCGGUGGAGGAGGAGGGGGCGGGCCCGGAGGGGACGACUGGACCAAGCCUCUCCCUCGCAAUGACCGUAUUGAGAAGGAGCUGUUUGCCGGCAGCAACACAGGAAUAAACUUUGAGAAAUAUGACGACAUCCCGGUGGAGGCUACGGGUAACGACUGCCCUCCGCACAUCGAGAGCUUCCACGAGCUGGAGCUGGGAGAGAUCAUCAUGAGCAGCGUGACGCUGUGCCGCUACGAGCGCCCCACGCCCGUGCAGAAGUACGCCAUCCCUAUCAUCAAGGCCAAGCGUGACCUCAUGGCGUGUGCACAGACCGGCUCUGGAAAAACGGCUGCUUUCCUCCUACCGAUCCUAAGUCAGAUCUACAGCGGAGGACCAGGCAAGGUGGUGGAAGACACCAAGAACCAGCAGCUUCUGCCACAGGAGACGGUGAAGUAUGGGCAAAGGAAACAGUACCCCAUGUCGCUUGUGCUGGCGCCAACUCGGGAGCUGGCACUGCAGAUUUACGACGAAGCUCGCAAGUUUGCGUACCGCUCGUGCGUGCGCCCGUGCGUGGUCUACGGGGGAGCGGACAUUGGGAACCAGGUGCGUGAACUGCAGAAGGGCUGCCACCUGCUUGUGGCCACGCCGGGCCGCCUCGUCGACAUGAUGGAGCGCGGCAAGGUCGGCCUCGACCACUGUCGGUACCUGGUGCUGGAUGAAGCUGACCGGAUGCUGGACAUGGGAUUUGAGCCGCAGAUCCGCCGUAUCGUGGAGCAGGACGUGAUGCCGACCAAGGGCGAUCGCCAGACCCUGAUGUUCAGCGCCACCUUCCCCAAGGAGAUCCAGAUCCUGGCGCGUGAUUUUCUGGAAGACUACAUCUUCCUGGCGGUGGGGCGAGUGGGAUCGGCCUCGGAGAACAUCACUCAGAAGGUCGUGUGGGUGGAGGAGAUGGACAAGCGCUCGUUCCUGCUCGACCUCCUCAACGCCACCGGGCGGGACUCGCUCACACUGGUGUUUGUGGAGACGAAGAAGGGAGCGGACGCGCUGCAGGGCUUCCUGUGCUCGGAGGGCUACUCCUGCACUAGCAUCCACGGGGACCGCUCGCAGCGCGACCGCGAAGAGGCGCUCAGCCUCUUCCGCACAGGCCGCCGGCCCAUCCUCGUCGCCACUGCGGUGGCAGCACGUGGGUUGGACAUCCCGAACGUGAAGCACGUCAUCAACUUUGACCUCCCGAGCGACAUUGAGGAGUAUGUGCAUCGCAUCGGACGCACGGGACGAGUCGGCAACCUGGGCCAAGCGACGUCAUUCUAUAACGAGAAGAAUGAGAACAUGACGCGGGAGCUGCUGCACCUGCUGGUGGAGGCGCACCAGGAGGUUCCCUCGUGGCUCGAGACGAUGGCUCAGGAGCACCGCAGCAAGCCGGCACGCGGGCGCCCCAAGCGCUUUGCCGGAGGAUUUGGUGGGCGAGACUACCGGCAGACGAGCGCCGGUAGUGGCGGAGGGACGUACAACGCUCACCAGCGCGGGGGCCCGCGGGGGGCGCCAGGGACCACGACCGUGUGUAACCCGGGCAUGGUGCGCGGGGUCGGGGCUGGGCAGCCCACACGGGGGUUCAACCGCGGUGGCUAUGGGAACUUUGGCCACUUUGCCCCCCAGCCUAUGCCAGGCGGGUUCCCGAUGGCGUACGGAGCCCCCAUGGAUUGGUGGACCAGUUAGGCCGGCCCGGUACAUGGCACGAGUACACAGCCAGAGUACAUGAGAGAGAUGAAUUGCACGAGCGCACGUCGUGCGUACACAGUAGUGGCACGAACACACAUGACAACAACACGAGCACACAGCCUCAACACAAGUACACAUCGAGAUGAGCACAUAGCAACAGCUUGUACAUAGCUCGAGUACGCAAGCUAGCACAGCAAGAUUAAUAUUGUGUGCACGGUGGGAUGAGUAUACGAUCAUAGAACAUGAGUACACAAUCACAGGUAGUGCAAGCACAAGUUACGUAGUAGGACACGAGUAUGCAGUGCAGGUAUACGAGGCUGAUGCACGAGUGUGCAGCAGACGCACACGUGUGUAUGUACGCAUGUGUAAACACAGGCUUGUACACGCGUCCUCGCAAGCUUACUAGCUUGCAUGCGUACUCGCUUUGUGUACACGCGCACGCACGCAAGUACACACACACACGUGUCCACGCAUUUGUGCACAUAUACACACGUACACACUUGCGUACACGCGUACGCAUUCGCACGUAAACACACCUCCACAAAUACUUGCAUGUACGCGCACACACAGGCUCCCCUCCGACCUUGUACUCGUGUUUAACAAGAAAUAGUUUAAACGUAUAACAAGUACCGACUCCUAAUCUUCUUCUCUUCUUCUUCUUGAUGAUUAAUUCUGAUUUGCUUAUUAAAGUGUUACAUUGACUUAGCUGCGUUUGAGGUUAGAGUAGCGGUUCCUUAAAUAAUUAAAAAAAACGCGUUUCGCUAGCGGCAUAACGACGAGGGGACAGAAUUUUUAUUUUCUUCUUAGAUUAUUUUCUCUUCGAUGAAAUGUCGAAAAAGGUUUUGCAUGGGAAUCCAACCGAUGCACUCGCACCUCGGGGGAGAGGGUUUAGCCCGGCACCACGACACGACGCAGAGUGGACCGAAUGGGCCAAAGCACCACCACACCACACCACGUCACGUUACGGGGAAACUAUUUUCUGUGUCGCUCCGCCUAUUUAAAAGUUUGAUUGGCGUAGAGAGGCGUCAGGCUUUAGCGUCGCUCCCACCGAUGUUCCUCGUUGGUUGGGGAUGUCUUGAUAUCUUGACCUCCUGACCUUUCCCUGUCCCCACAAAGCCCUAACCUGUGUAUCUCUAAUCCUUAACCCUAAACCCAAAGCAGCCUGAACCAGCUUAGCCUCAUUGUCUAACAAGGAGCUGGUUUGGUCUCGUAUGAUUAUAGCGGCAAACAAGCCACAUCCUCUAUACUGGGUCUGACCCAGGAGCUCUGAAUUAAAAACAAAAUUCAGCAAAGGGUUAUUUAGUUUGCUCGCGUUAAUGAGAAGGGGAAGACGAACCAGAGCGAGAGAGAGAGAGUCCGAGGCAGUCGCACUCUACAGACAUACAGGAUGCGCAUGCACAUGACAUAGUGUGGAGCACACACAAGACAUAAAUGCACUGGACACACAUACAUGCACUGACCUGGGCAUGCACAAACACACGCAUAGCAUUAGAUACAGGAUAACGCAAACGGCACUCAACACAUACUACACAAACACUCACUAAAGAUAAGCGCACACAAAGAGCACACAGAACACGACACAAACAGCACAUGUCCAUCCACAAUCCUGUGUGAGUGCAACUGUCAAUUACAAAUAUUAGCUAUGUGAAGAUUUUUUUAAUAUAUAUAAAUAGCCAUUACUGCUCUGCUAGCACACCUCUCUCUCCUCUCACACGUUACCAAUGUUCGGUUUCGUUGAAACGGUAAACGGGCGGCAGGAACAAACACCCGUGAAUUCUCAAAAUUCCCGGAAAAAAACCUCCUCUGCCGCGCUUACGCGGCGGGAGCAUUGAGGUGAUGGUGGUGGUGCGAUCAGGCGCCAGUUUGCGCUGACGCACGCACACACUGUCGUCUCCCUUGGAAUUCUCCGCAUCCACCUACGCACACACAUGCACACCCUGUUCUCACACCAGGAACGCCGUCAAGCAGGACAGGACGUUCACGAUGUUUGGGUGUGUGGGUAAUACGUGCAGGUGACCGAGUGGAGUUUUCCAGGCACUCGUUUGUAUCUCAAGCUGUCUUGCAUUUUGCAGUUCCAGGUGAGGCGUGGUGGACAGCCUGUGCCACAGCGGGUGAGGAGGGUGGUGGUGGUGAUUUUCUGAUUGGUUAGCGAAGCGAGUUUAUGCUUGUGCCGACGGUUUUUGGUCGGCAGGGCCCGCUUGGGCGUUUUUGUUGUCGGUGAGAAUAGUUGGUAUGCGGUCAGGCAAGUGUCUGUCUGCCGCUGUCGACAUGCCGGCUGUCUCCGCCGAGGUGUGUGCGUGUCUCUUGUCCGUGGAGUUGUCUAUCGGGCAAGGCGAGUCGAAUCGCCGGAGGAUUUGGGUUCGCGGUCAAGUUGUUUCCGUCCGCGGUUUAGAUCCGCGGACGUCGUUUUUUUUACUUUCUUGGGCGAGAGAAAACGUGCGCACUUUGCUGCAAGCGUGACUUAAUGGCACCUCCAUAUUACACAGAGCUUUUAAAAGAAAAAUGAUAAUCGAUUCUUUUAAUGGGAACUUUGAUCACAACUCUUAAUGGUGCGAUGGUUUUUUUCUGUGUCAAGUUUUUGUUCUGUUUUUUUAAAAAAGAGUCCAAAGCUGUGACGCUGCGUGUGGCGUCGUAAGGGGGUACGUGUUUGAACUUUUCGGGCCGAUGUUGCGGCCGAUGACCUUGCCAGAGAGCGGCUGUGUUCAUUUGUAAGAGUCUCACCGUGUUUGGUCGUUAAAGAGAGAGAAAGGGGGCGUUCCUUAGGUGAUGGCACUAACACACACAUGUAUGCAUAAACAGGUUUAGACACACACACACACACACGGGGCUAUAGUUAGGUGUCUUAAACAAACAAGGGUCAAGACGGGAAAAUACCACAUGUGGUGUUGGAAUGGACGCUUUAAAUGCAUCCGCAAAUAAUAGGUAAAAGAAUUUACAAAAAAAACAUGUAAGCAAAACCUAACAGAAAAGUGCGUGGAAUAAUACAAUGUGGAAUUAAAACGCGACAUGUAAACGCAAGACGGUGGGAAUGACAUGCGAUCCGAGGCAGGGACCGUCGGAGACUCUUGAGUGUCCGUAACGUUUCUUUCCGCAAAACUAAAACCGCGGAAGGAAAACACAUUUAAUGGAAGUGUUACCACGCGAACCGUAUCUCCUCCGUUUUCUCCGUCUGCCGCUCUGCUGCGUCGGUGGGGAAAGAUUAACAAGCGACUCGGGAGCACCCGCGUUCAUCGAGAACAAACGUGCGAGUGAAAUAGAAUAAUUAAUAUUAACGAUGACGAUGAUGACGACAGAGACCCCAUCCCUUCCCACCGGUUGACCCCAUGAAGUUAUUAAUUCUGGCAAGAUUAAACCAUUGCUUGGUGGCUCUGUAAAACAUUGACAUUUCUGGUCAUUUUAGAUUCUGUUUUCGAGCAUUAGUUUUGGUUAUAGCUGAACGUCACCCUUUAGUCCUGGCGGUUUUACAAAAGUGCCAAGUUUUCUGAGCAUGGACUGUUGGUGCUCGGAGAAACGCAGAACUAACGCGACGGGUGGAAGUUGCCUUAUUCCGUGACAGGCUUAAUGCUUGGCCUAUUUUGCAUCUUUGGUCGAAACGUUAAAAUUACAGCGAGCAGAAGAACCAAUCGACCCUGCUCAUAUGGGACAACUGAUACCCCCCUCAUCCCCUCUUGCUUUAGGUGCCUUAGUUUGGCUUGAAGAGUUCUCAGAUCUUCUCCGGUGAGUGGCGAUAAUCAACCCGGGCCCUAAGCAAAUGUGCCCGUGAGAGAUGGGGUUUUUUUUCCCCGUCGUUUGUGACUUGUUGCGAUUUGCUACAGAACACGCGAUUAGUCUCGAUUUACAAAAGUGAGCAUCAAUAGCGGUUCCGUGUAAUGAUUAGGUUCGCACCUGUGGGUCUGGAGUUCUAGGGACCGCUAGAUAUCUUGGGAGUAGGGUCUGUGUCAAAUCAGUAUGCUGACAGGUUCUUAUCUCCCGAGUCGUGAAUGCUGUUGUACAUUUGUGACUGCAUAAUGCUACUCACUAGAAUGGGGGCACCGUGGUGAUUUGACCUUUGCUCUUUCCCUUGUAACACGUGUGCUUCGCUACUAUGAGUCACGUGCCACCCACUCCAGCCUACCAGCGACUCGGAAAAUAUUGAGCGAUAAAUUAUGCCCUUGGUCAUCAUCGUCAUCGAUUGUAGGAGUGUAGUGAGUCGAUGUGUCUCAGCCCGGUCACCGAUGACUUGGCACGUACAAAACAAAAAUGCACUUCCGUUUCUAAAACGUGUCAACGAAAGGGCCUGCCUGUUUUGAGUUAGUUUAUUUUGCGUUAAGUUUGUGUAAAAGGUUUAGAGGCUAUUAAUGCUAAACUAUGAUAGCUGCUGUGGGUUUGACGCAGAGGCGCCGUCUGUUUUUUUUUCGUUAAUAUCGUGGAAAUAAAAUCUAGCGGAGAAUGUUAGCGAUUUUCUUUUGUUACACUCGGCCUAACGCGUGAACUUGCGUUCAUCCCUUCCCACCCCCCCUUCCCUGUUUAUAUAGCGAAAACUGAAAUGUGACAAUAUAAUUAAUAAAUUGCGCGAUAAUUUAAAACAAAUUCCAAAAAGCACCAAUACAAAUCGAUUCUCGCCAUCGCGAUAAAUACACGUGCCGAGUCUCUGUUGUAGGUGAUCGAUGCGUCUCGAUCCGUAUGCUUUGUACGUUCUGGGAUGACGUGAUUCCCCAGCAACCUCCUGAGGACGCGUUCACCGCAAUGUUUACAAAAAUAACCGGUCAUCGAAUCGCGACAAUUCAUCAAUUCGUCGGCGGUGCGUGGGGGUAGAGAUGUGAAUAUCUCUCAAAGUCGGCAACGUUAGUAGUUAGUCAAAGCAAUAAUGAGAAUGGUUGGUGAUGUCUUAUUUUGUGUUUAGAUGCAAAAAUGAAUUGGCGGCUAGACGUAAGUGGGACAAGUGGUUCAUCAUCACCUGAGCCGUUGAGUUUAUUUCUUGGCCAAAAUAAAUAAGCCGCCUCAGUGGUAAUUUAUACGCGGAGUUAACCCUCGAUUAUCCGUGGGCACAUUAUUGAGGCUGCCAGAUUAAAAUGUGCUUACCAAGUUUGACCUGGUUUAACCACAUUACCUGCUUCCUUAUGACGGGGGGGGGGGGGGGGGGGGUGUGCAGGAGAAUUGGCACCCACGUGACCGCAAAGCACGCACAUAAACGGAUUACUUUUAAGAACCUUCCCCCCCCCCCCCCCCCCCCCCCCAUUCGACAUAGGUAAACACUCAGAACAGCCUAAUUUCCAUAUCUUUGGCAACCCCGCCCCCUUAUCCUGGAUUGUCCGCCUCCCUCCCCCUUAUCCCGGAUAAUCGAGGGUUGACUAUUUCCAAAACUGAAGCAACAGCCACAUUUUGUUUUAAGAGCGCGAGUAUUUAUAUCGUAGCGGAACGUUUUUUUAAUUGGAAGCUAAAGUGGAGGAAGACGUCAACUUACUUGAAUUGGGUUUAACCUUUAACCUUCGACCUUGCGCUGCUUUGAGAAGUGACCUUUUAUUACGUGCGCAUACCGUUGUUUAAGCUUGCGGCCCGACCUUGCGUUCGAUAGAAGUUUCCUGCCAGACUGCGUCAUCGGAGAGCGACGAAAGAUUAAUGUGGUGCCAAUCGUUACAAAAGGUGAUUAAAAAAAGGCUUAAAAGGUGCUCACGCCACUGCUUUGGUUGUACAGGACCUCCGCUCACGGGAGCUCUCUAGAGAGCCUCUCUGAAGGGUAUUUAAGAGUAGUGAUAAUUAUAAUUUCAUUUGUUUUAUCUGGAAAAGCCUCACCGAGUCUCAAGGCUCUCCCCUUCAUAGGAGUUGUCCAGCUAUGUUGGGAUGUUUUGGCCGAUUCACGUUAUUGUAAUGUAUGUUUAAUUGGACGAGUGGUUUGGCUUCAAGAUGCGUCAUGAAAUCUGAGAGCCCGGAGAAAUCCCCACCCGCGUGUACGCACGAGGGUGGGGGGGGGUAAUAACGCUUAAGCUCUGCUAUACGGACCGGUUUGGCGGACCCACUUGCUGUGCUGCCACCUCGGGAUGAUUGACAGCUCGUUACGGCAAUGAUCUCGCGGUUAGGGUUGUUGGCGUUAGUCUUGGGGUUAGAGAUAAUAGUCUUAAUGUAUGAUUGGUAAGGUUAGUGUCGAUAAUUGUUGGGGGAGAGUUGGCGCCGAUAGGUUGCAUGGAAGGAUAGGGUUUGUAGUUUGAAGGGUUGGGGAUAGGCUUAUCGUUGUUGAUUCGGAUGGUGGUAGUGUUCAGAUUAAAGUUAUUGGUGUUGAGAAUAGUAUUAAUAGGGUAAGAGUCAAUUAGCGUUAAGAUUGGAGAAAAUAGGAUUAGCGUUUUUGUGAAUGGUCGUGUUGGGGGAAGGGUUGUUAUAGUUAAUUGUUAUCGGAUUGGGGCCGUUAUACAUCGGGUUGUUAUUGUAAGGGAUGUGAUUAGGAUUAACAUUCAAGUUAGAGUUCAUACUUAUUACCUGGUGAUAUAAAGGUGUUAGGGUUAUGAUUUAGGAUUAUUACACGAGGGUAAGCUCAAUGUGUUCAUAGUGUUAGGACUUGGGGUAUCAGUUAACUAUAAUGUAAGUAGUGUUAGCAUUAUGACCAGGACUUGUGUCGUUAGGGUUAUAUUCAGGGUAGAGGUUAUGGUUGGGCAUUAGAGCAGUACCCUAAUGUAAAGACUGCAGGUUAGGACUGCCAAGUUCGUUGACAUUUUAACACGAAAGUCAUUUAACUCGCUACUCGGGAGUCCGUAUAGCUGAGACUUAAGCGGUCAACACUCCAACAUGCAAAGCAGUUCACUGCACAUGACAUGUGCACGCAUGUGUACAUUUGCACAGCCUAGUGCAUGUGUUUAUACACACGUACACGGGUGUGUUUGCGCGCGUGCGCGUAGCAGUGUGUGCAAUACGCCGAGUGUGAGGUCGUGUUGGUGCUGCGUAAGCUGUAUGGUGUCCGGUGUGGUGCCGUGUGUGCUCCACGAGGUGUAGUAAGAGUGUGCGCUCGCUGUGCAUCGUGCAUACGCCAUGGUGUGUGCACGUGUGUACGAGUGCGUGCACUGUGUGGUGUGUAUUGCAUACACCCGGAGGAGUGCGGUGUGCACUGUGCGUGGUGCAUACACUUUGGUGUGUGCGUACGAGCGCGUGCAUUGACAUUGAGGCCUGAGCUGCCGUGCAGCCAAUCUGUGCCCCAUGGGGAGUUUUACCUUUUGAGGUCGGAUUUCUUAUCUCUCUGCGUUUGAGCCUUGGGACCAAGCCCCUUGCAUUAACUCUCAUUUACCUCCCCACUCCUCCGUGCUGCAUUUGUAUCCCGUGCAGUCCCGAUUGUUAGCAGGGCAUUACGCGUUAUCACAACCAAAACACCCUGUCGGAUCGACUCGGCCUAAUUAUCAUCGUCUCUGCCGUGGCGGAUAAAACGAGCGCACACCGCUCAUUGGGUAGUCGACGGGGAAGACAGGUUUCUGCCAUAGGAAUGUGGAAUUUUCAGCACUGGCUCAGGUCUGACCAACAGAAAAUGAGCGCUACCCAAUGCUCAUUCAAUCAGGGAGGGGGGAGGGGGGAGACACCUCAUACUUUUUCUAAAUUUAAAAAAACGUAUUGAGAACGAUAAAGACGAUUAACCUCCUUUUUUUAAGCUGCCGUUUUUUGUACGAUGAAACACAAAGAUAGUAAUUUAUUUUUUUGCACCUGAGCUGAGAAGCCGACGUUGGGGUGGUUGGGCGUUGUGAGUGUGGUAUUUUAUUUUUAUAUGAAAAAAAAAAACCCAAUAACUGGAGAAGCGGCUUGGGGGCGGGGUUUGGGUCAGGCUACCCACGACCUCUGCGUGCGCGUGACCUUGCCGUGACCUCACGGCCACAGUCGCCAACCGUGGAACCCGCGUCGUGUGUUUUUGUAACGCAGAGCAGCGCCGCCUCGUUCCACUUUAAGCUCAGCCGCGACGAUUUUGCCUUCAAACAAAUUGAAUCCGUCGGAAUCAAAUGCUUUGCUGAGCUGUUGUAGUUGUCGUUGUUGGAAGUGAGAGUGGCAUCUGUAACGACCAGAGCUAUCCCAGGGCGAACCCACCCCGAUAUAGAAUCAACGUAGCAUAUGAUACAGAAUGCUUGUCGAGUUUAAGUCGUAGUCUAGAAUUGGUGCAGGAGCCUAUUUCUGUUGAUUUUAGAAGCUUAGUCACUUCUGAUGCCCUCAUUUCAUCCGAUACAUAAUCCUCACCACAUCUAAUACAGAACCCUAAUCACGUAAAAUAUUGGACUCCAAAAACAGAACCCUUAUCGGACACAGAAUCCUCAUUUCAUCCAGGAUAGAUUCUCUAGCCCCAUGUAAUUCAAAGCCUUCAUCUCAUCUGAUUCAUAACGUUUGAUCCAUUGGAUAUAGAACUCUUACCCUUUUAAAUUUCGCACCAUCGUCAAAUGGAAUAGUGAAUCCUUGACCUAUCUGCUACAGAAUCCAAGUCGCACCAAAUACAGAACCCUGCAUCAUAAUCUACUACAGUAUCCCUCAUCUCAUUAGUCUGCCUUAGCUCAGCCCGUAAGUUAUACCGCCGGUUUGGCUGAAUUAAUGAGUCCUCAUCCUCGUGCAAAUCCUGAGACGUUGCCAACUUUGUGAAAAAGUUUGGUUUGGCUUAGAAUCGGCGAGACUGGGCACCGUUAAAGUGGCUCAUCGGCGAUCCAUCGUCGGCCACAUGCAAACUUUAUUCAACUGCUCGAUUGCUCAUUUACAGACGUUGCGGCUCCUGUGUUUUCACGUCAUCUGAACGAGAAAAUGUUAAUUUAUUUCAUGAGGUUGGGUUCCCAUGAGCUCAAAAGUUCAGGGUAAACAGUUGAGGUUGGGUGUUUAAAGAUUAAAUUAAAGAAGCUGGCACGAAAGUUCACAUCGGGCAAGUUAAGUUAUUAUUCCCGCAUCCCUUUUCCACACACACUCAAGUCUGGCCAAACGGCCCAGUGGUGUGGUGUACCUGCGUGAGUGCGUGCGUGCGUGCGUGCAGCGAUUGCCUAACAUGUGGAUGGCAUCCUUUGUUUAAUUAGGUGAGAGCCCUUUUGGAUUUAUCUUUUUUUUUGCAAGGGGAGACACUGAGGGGUUGGAGACGCUUAAAGAAAGAUGGUUACUGACGUUUUAAUUCUUGGCCCAGUCGAGGGCUACAUUAACGCACAGGCUACACAAUGGCCAGCUCUUGCGAAUGGUGUCACGGGGUUCCUAAACGUCCACGUUACAGCUGGUUGCGGGCUUCGGCAAAACAGAAAAUUUUCCCUCGUGAACCGAACGACAUGUGGCUAUACCUGGAGUCGAACCGUGCUCAAUGGCAGCAGUGGCUGUAUGAUUGUCACUGCAGACAAUUUGGCUGAUUAGAGACUUGAAUGAGGCCGGUGUCGGUUAGUCGCGGUUAGGGCUACGACCCCUAACCUUGACGUGGUGCAGCAAUAUUGGUGAGCUAUGUCAGGGUUAGGCAGGGUUAGGGAUAUUACCAUAACCCCUGACCUGGUUUAACCUGGUGUUGAGCUGGGUCAGGUUUAGAGUCAGGGAAAGGGCGCUUGCUGUAAACCCCAACCCGGUUUUACCUUUCGUGCUGGGCUGGUGUAGAGUAAGUAUGCGAGGCAAGUGCGAGAUCCACAGCCCAGUCCCUGUCCAGACUUGCGUUGGAAUUAAAGAGUCCAGGCCCUCUGUAAGACACCUCUCUAUAAAUACAUAUAAAUAUAUAAGGUAUAAAAUAAAUCCUCAGCAGUUGUGCAGAAAUCCAUGGAUGCCGUUCAACAGAAGAACCUUUGUUCGCCAAGUGCUUUAUACGUGCAAUUAAUAUGCAAACUGUGGCAACAAUAAACGUUGACUGGAAUUGGGCAGGGACAGAGAGACAAUUUGGUGGCGAUUAUCGUAAGGACGGUGAUUUUUUUUUUAUUUUCCACAAAUUUCUGUCGCUCGGUUCGUCGACGGUAACAGCAGAAAUGGAAAGGUCACCGGUUUAGGACCGCGAGCGAGGAUAAGUUCAUUUCAGUUUUAACGGACUCGUUCAGCUUGGUGCGCGAGACAAACGAAAGCGAGAUGGCUCAAGCGUCUAACGGAGUUGUGACUUAAUUUCAAAAGGAAAAAAAAAUCCAAAACUAUUAUUUGCGUGUUUGUCGUAACUUGAGACAGAUCACGUAAAAACAACACACUUAAUGUUAUUCUUUGUUUAAUCUAACCAGUAAAAAAAAAUGUCACGAAAGGUGCGGGCGGGCGAGUGAGCGAGGUGGCCUGUGCGACUCCUGCAAUGACUGAGAAUAAAACCGCAGUCCGUCGUUCAUUUGCGCAGGAAAGCCUCGCUGAGCUGACUCGCUGCCAGGAGGAGGGUCCUGCUACAUUCGGACGUUAGGCCAAGGCAAUCGGAUAUGACAGUAAUAUCCUUCCCGAUAGGUCGGCAACCUGUUGUACCGCCUUCGGCCACCUCGCCGCCCCCCGCCCCCCUCCUGCCCCCCGUAGGUUGGGGGGUCUCGUGCACAUAUUGAUGAUUGUGCGCGAUCCACCAACCGUGCCUUUUGGCACCAGAUUACGACGGCGUAGGAGAUUUUAAGGCAGUAUGGGGAGCUGUGUAAACUCCUUGAGUUGGAGGGGGGGGAAUCGACAAGUGAAAAGGGCAGCGAUUGGGCACUCUUAGGGGAGGAGCCUCACUGCUUUCAAGCAGAGCCUGGCCAUAACCCGAUUAGGGUUAAUUCCAACCAUAAUCAAAUCGAAGCCCUAACCACACCAGUCAACGAAAUCCCUCGCCCUGAAACUAUCCUUAACCCUCACUGGCCAAGCGGAGCAUCGCCCUGAUCCUCCCCUAACCACGUGAGCCAAUGAUUAAUAAUAGCCAAUUACAGCUGGUCCUACUCGAAACAGUGCUCCAGUGCCUCCACACAGCCCUCUCGCUUGGGAUUCUCCCAUCUCACUGGAGUUUCUCUCCACGCCCUCCGCGCCAGCAGUGGCAUCCGUUCGGUACGCGACGGUAAGAGUCGUCCGCGCCCGUCCGUGGCAGCGCCGUGCGCCGCGCCACGGCCGCGUAAACCCAGUAGCGAAGCGAGAGCCUCCCCUCCCUCACGCACAUGUGGUCGGUCUGUCAGGCACACGGGCACACGGGCGGGCAGACAAAGCUGCUUCCCAGACAGGAAAACUGCCAGAAAGACAAAACUGCCUCUAGGCAGGUCAUUUAGCCGAUGGUUGGUUUUGCUGGCUAACGGCUUGGCUGACUGGCUGGCUUGUUAUAUUGACUGGCUGGUUGGCUGGCUGGCUUGUGAACUGGCUGGUUGGCUAGCUAGAUGGAUAGCUCUUGAAACAGCUGCAGGGGGUAGUUGUCUGGUCGACCGGAUGGUUGUAUGGUUUUCUGCUUGGGAAAUUGUCCGGUUGUUUAGCUGGCUGCUGAUUUGCUUGGAUAGCUACCGAGGGUAAUUGGUUCUUAGAUGGAUUGGCCAGGUGAAUUGGUUGUCUGGUAACUUGCCAGUUCGUUUAGCUAGUUGAACCGACUGGUAAGCAGGUUGGUUGUUAUCUGGAUUGCGAGCCGUCUGGCUCUGAUACAUCUGUUGUUUGAUUAAGUUGGUUUUGUCAGUAAUCUGGUUGAUUAACCAAUUGGUUGUCUGUCUGCUGAGUGAGCUGGUUGGUCGUGUGGCUGGUGGACUGGUCAGUUACCUUAGUCAAUUGGUUAGCUGGAUUAAGUUGUGUGGCUGUAUUACUGGUUGGUUAACUCGUUGAUUAGUUAGCUGUUUGGUUAGCUAUCUGGCUGGUUAGCUGUUGGUUAGUGCAAUAGUAUUGCUGGUUGGCUGGUUAGUUAUUUAGUAAGUUGCCUGGCUGCAGGAUCAAUUUCCUGAUCGGCAGCUUCUAUCACUCGGUCUCACGUUCACCACAAAAGAUGGGCCCUCGUCGAUCUGGCUCAAAAUCGCCAGGUCAGGGCAAGGCGCUCCUCCUUGUUAAGUGUGUGAACACGUCACUCAACGCACGCAUGCACGCACGUAUGCACGCACGUACGUACGCACGGAGUUUAAAGAAAAAAAAAUCAUAAACGUAGCAAAGUCCCCAUGCAGUCGUCUUUUAAAAGGAAAAUAAAAGUAAUAUUAACAAUCGUUAUUUGUUAAUCGCACCCUCACAGUGGAAAAUUGAUACCGUGUACGCCUGACAUUUUUUUACUUGAAUUUCACAUGGCGGCGACAAUGGUGACGACGUUGCCGAUGUUAUUAAUCUUAAGCGUGUGGGUCAAGCAGGACACCCUCCCGCUGUGUGGUGAGUAUACACGCAGUGACCCCGCAGCACCUUCAGUUAACCCAAGGGGUGUGGUGUUUCGUUAUGGCUAUCUCACGGUGCGUUCCCAUUUAAGUUUAUAGAGGCUGGCCCAACUAAACUCGGGAGGUUGACCAACAAAAAUGUAGUCGCGCGUCGAGCAAAAGGCGGAAUUUACCGAUGACUGAACUGAUGCAUGAACAAUGGAACGAAUGAAUGGAUAUAAUUCACCCAACUCCUUCUCACUGUUUACUAUCGAGGUGCGCGCACGCGCGCGCUCUGCGAGAGCCACGUACGCGCGGUUUAUUGCGGGUCGGCGAGUAGCUGAAAAAAAACAAUCGGCCGAUUGCUAAUUGUGUGAGGCGCCAACGAGGGGGGGGGGGGGAUUUCGUGGUGCAAAACGCCCGCAGAGUCACGCGCAUUGCACCGUGCCGGCAACCGUGUCCGCCGGUGGAGUUUGUUCUUUUCUUACUCUUUACGUUUUCGUUCCCCCCCCAACUACCCCCACACCCCACCCCAUCCCCCCCCCCCUUUUCCGUGUUGUGCUGUUGAAACGCGCAUUGUUUUUUUUGCCCGCCCCCUCCCCAAGUUAAUAAAGACGCUGGAAAAAA